AGUAGAAAUUUAUAAUGGAUUCCUCCUUUCCUUUUACCUAGAUUUAGAAUUAUCUUCCAUUAUAAUCCAAAGUUUCACUAUUGAAGAUGGAAUAUGCUCUUGAGCUAAGGAGAACAACAAGUGGAUCUCAAAUUAAAGGUUCCAGCUCAUCACCUCAGUCCUUGUUUCAUGAGGAAAGGGGACACUACAUGGGUAUUUCACAAGAAAACAAGGUACGCUUUAGAUUAUUUUUUAUUUUAUUUUUCUGAAAAAUGUAUAGUUUUGUUUAAUCUAGGGUUUAUUUUUAUCUUUAACUAUUUGUUGUUGAAUCGAAGAACGGCAAGUGGGGUUAGAGGCUCUUUAUCAAUGUGGGAGUUGGACCUUUCUUAAUAGAUAUGGUCAGGAUUUAUUAUUUUAAGACUCUUUGAAUUGUGGCUGCUUUAUGAUUUUUCUUCUACUUUAAUUUGUGUUUAUAGGGAAUAUCGUCACAAUUUGAAAUUUUUUUAAGCGUAGUACUAGCUGAAGAAGUUCAGGGUGAUAGUGUUCUGAGUUUAAGGGAUGAUGUAGUAGAGGUUGUCCAAGAUAAUAUGGUGGGUGAGGUAGAAAAUGAUAAUUUCAAUGAUCCUGAUUAUAACUUGGAGGAAGAUGAUGAAGAUUAUCAUGAUGUUGUUACUGAGCGUCGUCAUAUAAAGGUGAAAGGUAGACCUAAAAAAAAUAUUGAUAGUCGGAUGAUUGGUGUUGGACCAUCCACUACUGGAAUUUUAAUUCCGCAAGUGAAUCAAAAUGCAGAAUCAGAUUAUGACGAUUCUGAUGAGUUGUUGGAGGGGGGUACUGAUUCACAAGACGAGGUAGAAUAUAAAAAGUAUGAUGCAGAAAAUGACAACCCUAUUUUAGAAGUAGGGAUGAAGUUUGCCAGCUUUGAACAGUUUAAGGAGGUUUGUAUGAACUGGGGGAUCAAACAUAUGAGGCAAAUACAUUUCGCCACCAAUGAUAAAAGAAGAUGUAUUUGUAAAUGCAAGCAAUCUGGGUGUCCAUUUCAUGUUUUUGCUAGCCCAAUAAGUAAGUUUGAUCCUACCAUUCAAAUCAAAACCUUGAAUAUAAAUUAUACAGGUCCUACAGUAUCUAACAAUUUUCAUUUGACACAUCAAUGGAUUGCAAGAAAGUAUUUUAAUAUUUUUAGAAUUGAUCUAACUUGGAGUGUUAAGGGAAUAAUUGCAAUAGUGUAGAAGGAUCUUGGCUACACAAUAGAAUAUAUGAAGGCAUGGAGGGCCAAACGACAAGCUUUGAAAUGGGUUUAUGGAGAUGAGGGUGCACAAUAUGAAAAAUUGUUAAGGUAUAGGGCUGAUUUGCUGAAUACAAAUCCAGGCUCUAAUGUAGAAAUUUGGAGAGAUGAAAGUAAAUUUAAGGGAUUUUAUGUAUGUCUUGCUCCUUUGAAAAAAGCUUUUAAGUCUGGGUGUAGGCCAUUAAUAAGCCUAGAUGGUUGUUGGCUUAAGGGCACAUAUGGAGGCAAUUUGUUAGCUGCUGUUGCAAUUGAUCCUAAUGAUUGCAUCUUUCCUGUUGCAUAUGCUGUGAUCGCUGAUGCUGAAAGUAAAGAGACUUGGAGUUGGUUUUUAACCAAUCUUGGAUAUGAUUUAGAGAUAACGAAUAGUCACCACAUCGCAUUCAUGUCUGACAGACAAAAGGGAUUGAUUGGGGCUGUUAAGGAUUUAUUUUCGGAAGCAGAACAUAGAAAUUGUGUCAGACACAUGUAUCAAAAUUUUAGAAAAAAACAUAAAGGCAAGGCACUAAAGGACCUAGUAUGGAAUGCAGCAAGAGCAAGUAAUGAAGUGAGAUUUAGGAUAUGUAUGGAACGACUCGAGCAAGAGGAUAGAGAGGCUAGAAAAUGGUUUGAUCAUUCUGAAAGGCCAUUCCAAACCUAGACUAGAGCAUUGUUCAAGACACAUAGCAGAUGUGACAUGCUCUUGAAUAAUCUUUGCGAAAGUUUCAAUAGGUACAUUCUUGAUGCAAGAGACAAAGCUAUUAUAACUCUAUUGGAAAUGAUAAAGAAUAAGCUUAUGAAGAGGUUGUAUAAGAAGAAGGAAUGGAUUAACAAGUAUCAAGGUCUUAUCUGUCCAAAAAUUGAAAAAAAAUUGAACCAAAUAAGACUUGAGGCAGCUUUGUUUAGACCAAAUUUUUCUGGUGGACCCAAGGUGUCAGUUGAGGGUCCAGGAGGGCCAUUUAUUGUGGAUAUGCAAAAAGAAAGUUGUACGUGUAGAAGAUGGGAUUUAACAUGUUUGCCUUGUCCUUAUGCUUUGGUUAGUAUUCAUGGAAAUGGUGAUAGAGUUGAAGAUUACGUGAAUGUAUACUACAAAGUUGAAACUUUCAAAAAUGUGUACUCACAUUUCAUUAAUCCAAUCAAUCCCGAGGAUCAUUGGCCAGAAGUUAUGAAUGGUGGUGAGGUUCUUCCUCCUAAGAUAGUAAGAAAGAAGAGAGAGAGGAAGCCUAAAUUAAGACGAAAGGAAGCUGAAGAGCUACAAAAACAGAAACAAGCUGAAGCGCAAAGACAAUCGAAAAGUAGGUCAGCCAAAAGGGGUGAAGAACUGGCUCCAAAAAAGAAAUCAAAAAAAGGCACUAUUCAUAUAAAAUGUUCUAUAUGCAACAAAGAUGGACAUAAUGCAAGAGGCCACUAUAAGUAUGUCAAUAUUGUUGUGCCAGAAACAAGACAACCUUUUGAAACUCAAGACUUGGUGUCUGAAUAUGUCUCGUGGGGAUACUCUAACCAAUUUAACCAUGACACGUGUGAUAAUUCUCAAUUGGAGGUCAAUUUAGCAAAUCAAUCUAUAACUCAGGUGCUGAUUGUGUGCGAGGAGCUUGGUGUGCUCAAGAUGAAAUUGUUGAUUGUGUGCGAGAAACUCGGUGUACUCAAGAUGAAAGUAAUGACUGUGUGCGAGGAAUUCGGUGUGCUCAAGAUGAAACUGCUGAUUGUGUGCGAGGAGAUCGGUGUGCUCAAGAUGAAAGUGUUGAUUGUGUGCGAGGAGCUCGGCGUGCUCAAGAUGAAAGUGCUAAUUAUGUGCGAGGAGAUCAAUGUGCUCAAGAUGAAAGUGCGCAUGCAGGCUUAUCAAAAAAAGGCUGAAUUUACAAGAAAAAUGUCAUGA